AUGGCCUACUACGGCGGACAACAACCCCCCUACGGCGGUGGUGGCUACGGACAGCCGCCUCCCGCCCCCUACGGCCAGCCUCAAUACGGUGAGCGCCCGCCUUACGAGCGACCUCCGUACGAGCGCCCUCCCUACGAGGGUGACCGUCCUUCCUACGAGCGUCCCCCGUACGAUCGUCCCCCCUCCGAGCGUCCUCCUUACGACCGACCCCCGUACGAGGGCGGUGACCGUCCCCCCUACGAAGGGCAGCGCUCCUUCGACUCCCGCCCUCCCUACAGCCCCGCCCCGCCAUCCGCCCGCCCUCCCCCCGUGGCUCCUCCCCCUCUCCCCUACGGCUGGGUCCAGGAGUGGGAGCCCAACGUCCGCCGCGGCUUCUUCGUCGAGACUGCCACCGGUCGCUCGCAGUGGGAAGUGCCGCUUGAGGACUCCGCCGGUGGCUCGCGUGACCUUCCCCCUCCUGGCCCUCCCGCUGGAUACUACGGCAGCCCGCCUCCGCAGGAGGGGUACUACGGUAGCCCCCCGCCUCAGGACCAGGGCUACUACGGCGGCAUGGACCCUGCUGCGGCCGAGGCUGAGCGCAAGAAGGCCGAGAAGAAGAAGAUGAUGAUGGGUGGAUUGGCGGGCGCGGCUCUCGGUCUGGGUGCUGGUGCGCUGUUGGGUCAUGAACUGACGAAAGACUCGAGUUCCGACGAGGAGGAGGAGAAGGAGAGAGAGGAGGAAGCUGAGCGCGACGCCUACCGUGAAGGAUAUCAGGACGCCUAUGAGGAUGCUCACUCGCCUCCCGCGGAUGACUGGUAG